AGAAAAGCAAACCAAAACAAACCGAACGCGCGAGCUUCCCGGGAAGACUAGAAGAGAACUACAAUUCCCAGGGGGCAUUGGAGCAGAGGGAUCCUUGUUAGGGCCUGGGCCUUCGGUGCUGCUGCCCGCUGGGCUUUUCACAAUGUCCAAGAAAAACUCUAAUGGCAAACUGGAAAAGUCUCAGAAAAAGGCCACAUCACCAUCACAGAACCUUGAUGAAAAAGAAAAGAAACAGAAAAAAAUCCCUCCAAAAGCACCAGUCACUAAUAUCUCAUCUUAUUCCAGAUGCUCAACUUCUUUAGGCAAGAGAAAGUUGAAGUCCGAUGAUACAGACAUUUUAUACUGUGAUCCAAAAAGAAAAGAGGACCUUCAGAGGUUGGAUAUUGAAACAGGCACUCAAAAGAAGAAACAAAAAAUCAGUUCUUUUUCAUCCCAAGAGCCUGAUAGACUCCAGAAGAAAUUGUUUGAUGACAGUCAAAGUACUUCUCACAGUCAGUCUUUAAACAGAACUGAAAAAGAAAUAAAGAAGUAUGUUGCUUUAAAACAUGAAGAUGUAAAAUCAAAAAGUGAGAACAACCAGAGUAACUGUGACCUCAAAAGUAGUAGCAGCCUCACAUGUAACAAGAAGGCACAGUCUAAAUCUGAAGCUCCAACCAGUGAAAGGAAAUGGCCUCAUUAUCUUGCUCAGAGGGAGAAGUUAAAAGCAUUAAAGAAGAGAGAAAAGAACAACAAAGUCAAAGAUAAUUUAGGAAAACCUGUGCUUGAGAAAUACAUCAAAGAUGAGUUUGCUAAGGAAUGUAGUUCCAAAGCCUUGAAUAAAGAAGCACUUGAAUCUGAAAGAUGCAAAAUCAGUUUCAAAGUUGCCACAAAAUCCUGUGGUACUCUUCGAAAACCAAUAGAGAAUAAUGUUUUUGAUUCUAAAUUUCCUAAACCAAAGCCUACAUGUGAGAAAAAAGAGACUCUCCAGAAUCCUCCAAAUUUUUCUAAACACAAAGUUAAACAUUUAUUACCAUCAGUCACUUCAUAUAAAUCAUCUGAUUGUAAGUGGAAAGAAAAAUAUCAUCCUGAGCAUUCCAACCAAAAAAGAAACAAUUCACAGCCAGAAGAAAGCUCAUUUCCUACCACUGAAUCACUAAAACAGAAUUUCAAAGCAACAGACUCUCCUAAUUCAAGUAAUUGUGUUCAGGAUAUGGAUCAAGAGAUGCAGAUAGUAGAAGAGCUUCAUGCUGCUCGUGUGGGGAAAAGUAUGGAUUUGCCAGUGGUGCCAGCUUCUGGAGAGCUGACAAGUAUGGAAAUUGACUUGGCUGAAGAUGAUGUGCAUCCUUUUGUUGAGAAUACUGCUUCAGAUAAAAAACUUUUAAUUGUUAUUGACACAAAUAUUCUGAUGAAUCAUCUCAAGUUUCUUGGAAUUUUGAAGACGAUGGAUGUCCCAGGAUUUGAUAAACUUGUAUUGAUAAUUCCUUGGGUGGUUGUGCAAGAACUAGACCGCAUGAAAGCUGGGAAAUUACUGAAGCAUGCACAGCACAAAGCUAUACCUGCAGUUCAUUUCAUCAAUAACUGUCUCAGAAGUCAAGAUGGAACGCUGUGGGGUCAAUCUAUUCAACUUGCGUCUCAAAAACUUUAUGGAAUGAGUGAUGAAAACAAUGAUGACCGAGUCCUGAAAUGCUGCCUUCAGUAUCAGAAUUUAUUUCCAUGUUCUGUUGUCAUAUUGUGCACGGAUGAUAGAAACCUACGCAAUAAAAGCAUAAUAAGUGGCGUAAAAUCAUUCAGUAAAGAAGAGUUAAGUGCAGAGUUACUGAAUCUCAGGCCCAAAUCAGUCACUGUACACAAUCAGCCACUCAUUUCUAAUCAGCAUACCCAAGCAGGUCCAGAGCUCCAAGAGAAGAGCUGUACUGAAAAUACUAUAUCAUCUCAAAUGGCCAUUCUACUUGAAAAUAUUAUUUCUGAGCUUGAAAAAUGUCUUGGAAUAGCUUUAUCUUCUAUAUUAGAAGUAGAAAUGAAAGUUGCUUUUGGAGACCUUUGGUUAGAGAUGGUGUACUUCAAGCCCCCUUGGACACUUGCACAUUUAUUACAGUGUUUUAAAAAACACUGGGUAGCUGUAUUUGGAUUAGUUAUGGAGAAAGACUUGCUUCUGACAAUUGAGAGCCUCUAUGAAAGUCUUUGUAAAGAUAAGACAGUGGACUUGGCAACAACUAAAUUCUUGCUUACGGACUCCAAACAUUUGUUACAUGCUUUUAGUACAAGGUCAAACUAUGAUGGGAUUCUACCACAGGCUUUUGCUCAAGUAAAUCAUCUACUUCAAACACUGUCACAGGUCACUUCUAAACGUAAGCCAAAUUCUACAGAAUCAAAGAAUACAACAUCUAAAAAUCAGGAGAAUAAUGUACUGCUCCAGCUUAGUAAUCAGGAGAAUACAACAGUGUUGAGUACUCCACUUCCCCAACCCAACAGACAUCAAGAAAUCUGGUCUGUCCUAGAGAAUGUUUGGACCGCAUUAUAUCUGAACAGCACGGAUGUUUUCCAAAGUUUGGAUUCCAAUAAUACAUUGAAUCCUCCAAAGAUUGCAUCAUUUGAAGAGGCCUUUGUGUAUCUUCAGAAAUUGAUGGCAGCUGUGAAAGGUGUUCUUGCUGGAAUUCAGAGGAUUUUGGCCCCACACAGUUGUUAUCAAGAUGUUGAGACCCUUUAUAACUUCCUAGUGACUAAUGAGGCAAAUAGAUGUAUCAAGUUUACUGCCCAGGAGCUUUAUGAAUGUGUGUCACAGGCCGAGUAUCGGGAAAAGUUAGAAAUUGGAUGUUAUCAGCUGGCCCAGAUGGAAUACACCAUGCAGCAGUGCAAUGCCUCUGUGUAUAUGGAAGCAAAAAAUCGGGGAUGGCAUGAAGAUAUGCUCAACAGGACUUGUUAAAUGUCUUCUGGGAUCCUUUAUCCCAGAAGAAGUUGGACUGGUUGGUGUAACAAUAUAGUUUGUGUUUGUUGUAAAGUCUACUUCUGAACCAAACCCAAAAUUGGACCAACAGUGAUCCUAAGGUUUUGAUUGCCUUUUCCUGAAAUAGCCAAGAUCUGGAGGGGUGGGUGGGAGGGGAAGCCUAGUGCUUAAAAUCUGGGACAAAAUACUUUGCUGUGUGGACUCAAUUCUUUUGGAGCUAACAAAGCCAACACCUCCUUCCCCCUCCCCCCCCAAUACAGAUGGGAAUAAUGGUGGCUUUUUAUUAGUCAUGUUAGUCUGAACUCAGGGCCCUGAGUGGUCAUGAGUAUACAUAUACAGUUAAACCAUGUGGCCAUACCCCAACAAAUUGAACUUAAGCUACCAGGACUUUUUGAGCAAGGUUUACCCUGCAGGCCAGGGAACCACCAUCCAUUUUGAUGUUGCCUUUAAUAUGCAAAUUCCCAGGUAAGACUUUAAAAAGCAUCUAUUUGGGGUCAUUUUGCUGCUUUCAGUUCCUACCCCUCCAGCAGUGAAGUAGGGCUGCAAUUCUUCCAAUCUUCACUUCUUGCAUCCUUUAUUUGUAAGAGAAUUUUGUUUUCCCCUGAAAUGCAAGUCUGCUCUAGUUUAUAGUUUAGCAGUGUUAGCUUUUGGCUUAAAUCCAACAUUCUGCUAUGUUAAUUUGUCCAAAGAAAUGAAAAUGUAUUGUACAUUUGGGUAACACAUCCAACGAAGCAUUCUGUUCUAAAUACCUAUGUCUAAUUUAUUUUAGAAAAAUUAAAUAAAAUUUUUUUGUAAAUUUAAA